AGAAAUCGCUGUUAAAAGUGGGAAAUAAUUCCUUAUAUUUUAUACUAUUUCUUCGUUUUUGUUUUUCAUUUCUGCCGUAUUAUUUUCCUCCUUUUAUCCCUUUACAACCGUUCGGGUAAUCCCAGGGUGUUCAGAAAUCUGUGGUGCCGAAAGAAAAUCACCGGAAACCGUCAGCAUUACGGCAAGAUCUCCUGCAAUUAAGCUUACAGAUAGCCUCAGGGUAGCUUACGAAGGCCAUAUUGGUGUUUAUCCUGGGUGAAGAAGCUGAAGACUUCGCGAUAAAAAUGGGUUACAAGAGUAAAUUUGUGCAAGAACUUUGUUCUCUGAACACGGCAAUCUACGAGGAGCUACUUCUGUUAGUGCUGAAUGAAAAUUUGUUCUACAAAAACGUUCACAACCUGCACAAACCCUCGCUCGAAGCUUACGUGUACGCGCUUCUGAUGAAGCAGCGUGGAAUUUUGCCGGCCAGCGUGUGCGAGAUAACCGACAAAUUUCAAUUGCAGCAUCUAUUUUCCCUCAUCGAUGAUAACCAUUUGCAACUUCGGGAAGAAACUGAUACCCUGCGAUGGAUCUUGAGUGCCCUAACAUUACUAGUUUUAGGAGGAUUAGAUGCCGAGGAGAAACACCAGAUAUUCGCAUUCGCGAAACGGUACGAGCAGGAUCUCCACGAAUUGCCGCUGUACAACGAUGUGCUGCGAACACUGCUACUGCUGGCCAAGGAAAGGCCUACGCUUGAGCCGAUUUUUCUGCAGCUCAACGAGAAGAAGAUGAUCAUGCGAUUAACUUCGGAAUCGAACACGAUUCGAAUGAAGGUCCUCGCUUGCCUUCAAACGUUGAUGCAGUUCAAUCCCGCAUUCUUCAAGGAGUGGCUGUGGAUCUUGCAAUACGAUUAUGAGCGGCUGCAGGUAGAGCAGCGAGUUUUUCUCACAUUCCAGCUACUGGACACAUUACUACGCCUCGAAGAUGGCAGAGAAGAAAUAAUACAAACGCUAGAAUGUGAUCAAAUUUGGAUGAUCGUCAUGGAUGGUCUGCAGUCGAAAGAUGCCGUUUGUCGGAAGGAGGCGUUAGCAAUUAUCCGAUACGCCAUUAGCUAUGCACAGCAAUGUGAGACAGAAUUAAGCGGCCAGUACUUUAACUGUCCGCGAGAUAAGGAUCGGUCGGCCGUGCAUUUAAAUGCCUACCAAUCGUUGGCUACAAUUCUAGAAGCAUUAAAUGAAACACAGACUCAUCUGAUACUACCGGCUCUAGAUUUGUCCAGCAAACUUGCACCACUGCACCACGCUUGGAGCAAUCUAUUGUUGCGGAUGGAAUUGCUGCAUGAAAAUCCACGCGUUGUCCAACAUGCAUUACUGCAUUUCUUAAAGCAACGAGUAUUUGACGCUAAAGAAGCGGUCUUGGAAAAUCUGUUUUUGCAAGCAUUCAACCAAGCUACACCAUUUGCCACCGUCAGUGAUACUAUAGCAGAUCUAGAGGGAUACUACAACAAAUCCGAGUCGCUAACUUUCCUACUUAAUGCUGCACAGGACAUCGAAUGGAAUUCGGUGCCUUACUAUUGCAUUGUAAAUGUGAUACACAAUCACUUAGACCUGUUGGAAAAAUCCAAAGACGAGACACUGAACAUAUUCCGGAAAUGCAUUCAAAAAGCCCGUCACGUGAAGAACCUUUCGCUACGGCUUUCGAUUGUACGAGUACUGUUGAUAACAACCAAUUUCUAUAUUUGUAAUUAUUACACCGAACUAGACUGCUCCCAGGUUCUUGCGAUUUUGGCUGAAAUUAAACCUUUUUACCCAUCAUUUUCCAUUGCUCUGGAACAAAUUGCGAAUGAAACAGGAAUUUCCUUUUCUAAUGUCCUCGGAGUAGACUCUCUGCUAAAUAUGCUGCCUCGAGCUACCACAAAAGACUCAUUUAUCAUACACGAAAUAAUUGUGAAAGAAGCAGCGGAUCUAAACCAAACGCAAUGUAAGAAGUUGGCUGAAUUCUCUGUGCCACUAUUUCUAAGAGCCGUACAACACAUUCCAUCGGUAGAUGAGAAUGUUUUGAACGAAGUCGGUGCUGCAAUCAAAUCAACAUUAACUCGCUUAAGAAAUGAAAUCAUACAUGCUAAGCCAUUAACCAGUGAAUGGUUAUCCAUUCUUCGUGAAAUAGUGCCUAUGUUGCAUUCAACUACCAUCGCCACGGACAAUCCCUUGGUCAAGUUUGAAGACGAUUGGAAGACAAUGGUCCUUGAAUUGAUUGAAAAGACGAAUUUAGCUUCCUUUGAUUAUAAUAAACCGGCACUUGCCGGUCAAAUCAUUCAGUUGGUGCAUACUCUAGGUAGCCGUCGCCUUGCUCGAGCCUUCUUUGCAUUAGUAUCACUGCCAGAAUUGCAAAACACAUUCCAGCGUCAUAUCGAUGUUGAAAAAUCUGUAGGACCUGUGAUAGAUGAGAUUUACGCCAUGAUUGCAGAAAUCUAUCUAGUACACGCUAACACGAAAACUGAAGAUAUCCCCCCAUAUAUCGUGCCGUACGUAAUCGAUGAUGAUUGGUCCAGACUUAUAAGUCUACUAGAUGUCGGUAACGUGAAUGUGUUGACUAAUGUGAUCGAAAUACUAGCUGCCAUUGGCCAUAAUGACAACCGAUUUGAGAUCGUUGAUCGUUGUUACAAGGAGAUACUUAAUUAUCGUAAAGCGGAUCAUUUUAUGCCACUAUUGGAGCUGUUUGUCAAGAUGCUUCUCAAACCGUACACUGGCCCCUCAUGCCCAUGUAAGCAGGAUGAAGGUGUAGAUUCUAUCCGGAUAGCGUACGAAGUUACGAACUAUAUUCACCAAUUCCUUGAGCAAGCCAACACCAUCUACGGGUUGGCAAAUAUUCUGUUCCAGCAUAUGCUGCAGAUUCCCAUUCCGAUCAUUCUAAAUUGGGUAGCUUUUGGAAAGAUUCUACUGCAAGGAAUGAUAUUUGGUGAUGUGCAAAGGCGUGACCAAAGAAUUGAAAGUGAGGCUUUGGAGCAUUCUGAAAGGAUGUACAGCACUGAUAGUGUGUCGUACGUGACUCAAGCUGAUGCACGUGUUCGUGUGCUAUGUGUGCAGUUUUUGUAUCGAAUGGCCGAAGCAAACCAUCCCGAUGCCACGUUGUUCCUGCUGAAGCUCGAGCAUAUGCUCAUCGAACGGUUCACGCAGAUAACGAAAGCAAAGGAGCGGUACUACGCGGAUUCAAUCACUCAUCGUCAAAAGUUGCGUAUCGUGCAGGCACUGUGUGUUGUUCUUAAACUAACAGGAACCAAACCGUACCCACUUCUCGACGUCAUGCUCUACGAAACGAAUCAGCCCAACAUAAACUAUCUUAUCGAGCUGCUUGUCGCCGACAGUACCAUCGAUACCCUCACCAUUGCAAACUCGCUCAAGAAUGAACGGGUAAAGGUGUCUGGUGUCCAAUCAGUGUUCGUCAUUCUUUGGUUGCGUUGUUGUCAAACGCAGUCCCUCGACGAACAGUACAUCUAUUUGCUGCUACCGUGGACGAUGGCACAAAAUUUCUCCACCAGACUGUACGCACAGAUAACGAUCACAAAGAUGAUUGCCAGCUUCGCUGCCCAAGGAGCUGAGGAUGGCUCAUUGAAGAGCAUCUACGCCGCCGUAAACAGUUACUUGCGCCAAGGAAACGUCGAGCGUAACAUCGAGAAGUGCAUGAAAGAUUUUCGCUUCAACACGGUUUUCGAUUAUGCGAACCUGUUGACGCUUGAAAACAUUUUCCACAACAUACCCAAGGUAUCUGGAGCACCCUCUGAGGAUGUAGUGAAUACUCGUAUUCUAAAAGAGUGUUUCAAGGCACUCGGAAUGAGCGAAAUCAAUCUUGGUAGCGCUCUUCAGUUUGCGGAACUGCCGGUAGAGAAGAGGGAAACGCUCUUCCUUGCUCAAUCCUUCGGUGGAGCGGAUUUCGUUCAGCGAAAGAUAGUCCCACUAAAAAAUAUCGAACCAAACCAGGAGCUUCUAUUAGGAUUACCCGAGAAUUUAUCUCUUCGUAAGAUGGAUCACACAGAUGGAUUAAUCGUCAUUGCCAGUCUCGUAAAUCGAGCCCCGAAUCUCGGUGGUUUAGCCAGGACGAGCGAGAUUUUUGCUGUCAAGCAGCUGGUCAUUAACUCGCUGCAGGAUAUAGAUAAUAAGGAAUUUCAAGCCUUGAGUAUGACUGCCGAAAAGUGGCUGAACAUAGGCGAGCUAAAGUCGCACAAAAUAGUCGAAUACCUCGAGGAGAUGAAAGCCAAAGGCUACGCCAUCGUUGGUGCCGAGCAGACAACAGGCAGUAAACCGAUUCAGCAGCUAAGCUUCCCCAAAAAGUCCAUCCUUGUGCUGGGCCACGAAAAGAACGGACUACCGGCGGAAAUCAUCCGGCAUCUGGAUCUGAUCGGGGAAAUACCUCAGUUCGGGGUGGUUCGAUCACUCAACGUGCACGUUACUGGCGCGAUCUUUAUGUGGGAAUACGCCAAGCAACACCAUGUUACCGCUAGUUUGUAAUUUAAUGUUAUUGUUUUUUGUAAAUAUUGUUUUUUGUAGAAAUGAAAUGAAAUC